AUGUUCCGGAAAUGUGAAGGAACACCACAGGAAAUUGGGAACCUUUUAUUUGAAGUGCCCAAUGUGUGUAUACACAACGCACAGUGUACUUGCGGACUGUGCAUCACAUCUGACGACAUCUUGCUGAUGGAUUUUUUCAUGAAAUUUGCAAAAAGUGAUGUCGGACAAAUGGCGAUGAACACCGUCAGACAGAACGUUGAGGAAAGAAUCAGAGAAUACGCCGACGCACAGCAAAAAGCAGCCGGUUCAACGUCUCAACCACAUAAUCCACAAGCUCAGUCGAUGUGGCCAGGACCAGUCGAUAAAACUCUGUACUUCGCUGUCGACAAGAAACUCUCGCCCAGUUUCGCGAUUGCCAAAUAUGGAGACGGUUUUGCACUGGUGUACAUUCCAACUAACUACGUGAGACUUUUAACAACAAACUCCCAGCGAAAAUCUAUGUUUCAGAUUGUCUAUUUCCACAAAAACGUAUCCUACAUUGACGAUCUUGAAUAUUUAUGGAAGGAAUACGACGAUUGUCUUCAGGAACUGACUAAUCCGAUGAACGUUGUCAAUGACAUUGUGCCCAUGAUGCUGAGAGAGAAGGAGAUACAAUCGGAGUGUGCCCCGGUGUUUUUCGCUAUCAUCGCUGGCUUCACCAAGUAUAUCAAAGAUCAGAAAGAGAAAGCUGGAAUGGGAUUCUCAAUGUCAAAAGUGAACCGUCGAGGCGAUACGCCAGUGCAUGUCGCUGCUCAAUAUGGAUCUGCUGGUCUUGUCCAAUUGCUGUGGGAUGAGUGUUUCGAUCCACUAGUCAGAAAUAACGAUGGACACACUAUUCUGCAAGCGGCGAGGUCUCGCCCGGAUAUUGUAAAGGUUUACAUCAACAGCCAUGUCAAAAGUGAAGUAUGCGAUCAGAUGAUUUUGUUGGCUCAAAAUCAACCAAAACCGGAUGAGCCAACGUAUCCCAAGUCUUUUGAGACUAUCCUAGAGUAUACCAUUAAGAACAACCUCCCUCAUUGUCUCUUCACCCCAGCCGAUAUUCUCAACAAAGCUCAAUUUUCAUUCCGUGACUUGGAGACAGUGCUCCGCAUCCUUUACGUUCAAGACUCUAAAUUCCUUGGACGCCUUCACAAUUCCAAAAACGUUUUCCACAGCUUUGACACUUUCCCUGUACAACACCAGAAACUGCUACUGAGCUACGCCACGGAAGAAAUGAUAAACACUCGAGAUUCUGAAGGACAGUCUCCGAUGCACUAUAUCGCAAAGAAAGGAAACCUCGCCAGCUUCAUUCUUCUCUGGUCUCACGGUGCCGACGUCAACAUUCAGGAUAAGAAAACUUUAUAUCCAAUGGACUACGCUCUUCAACGUGAUGAUGUGGAUAUUGUCAAGGCGUUUCUUGCAUUUGACGGAAAAGCCAAUGAACUAGUGUUGAAUAGUGUCAUGAAGAGCAGGAAGAAAUCCGCAGAAACUCUCCAGAAGCAUUUUAAAGCACUCGAAGAGGGAAAGGGGCAGAGUCUCAAACAUGAUAAUAAGAAUCCAACUCAUCGUCGUUGCCAAAAAUUCCCAGACCUCUCCAAAAAUGACGGUAUUGUACUUUCUAUUGAUGGAGGAGGAAUGAAAGGAAUUCUGGCGCUUCAGUUGUUGAAGGAGAUCGAGAAAGUGGUCGGAAACAAGUUUUUGGGAUGGUUCAAUCAUAUCGGAGGUACAUCCACUGGAUCAAUGAUUACUCUCGGACUCGUCAAAUACGGAAAUAUUGAUCAUGUGAUCAGACAGUACUUCCGAAUGAAAGAUGACAUCUUUAUUGGAUCUCGCCCGUACUCUGGAGAAGGUCUCGAAAAUGCUCUCCUCAACGAAUUUGGACGUGACACUUUAAAACAACUGGGCGAGAAGAAAAACAUCCGAAUCUCGAUCCCAGUGGCUCGUGUCGACAUUAGUCCACCGCAAUUGUACAUGUUCCGUAGUUACGACGUCAACGAUACCACAUUUGAUCAAUCGUCUCUGAAACCAGCAUGGGGUGCUGCGAAAGUGGUCCGAGCAUCAUCUGCAGCUCCGUCGUUCUUCCCGCCGGUGGACGGCAAAUUUAUGGAUGGUGGACUUAUCGCUAACAAUCCAGCCGUCGACAUUUUGACCGAUUGUCAGAGAUUGGAAUUUGAGAGAAAUGAGCGGAACUCGACGAAGAUUAUUGUUUCGAUUGGAACUGGUGCGAUGGAGAAGAAAAUCGAGAAUAUUGAUUUGAUGAAACCAACAACGAUGGGAGGUAUUGUGAACACGUUCAAUCAGAUCAUGCACCUCAAGGAUGUUUUCAUCGAACAGCUAACCGCCGCCGACGGUGUCACAGUAGAGCGUGCCCGCUGGAUGGCUGAAGCCAUGGGAAUGGCUUUCUUCCGUUUUACACCAAGCCUCGAACUACCGGUUGCUAUCGACGAGAAGGAUGACUGCGCGUUGCUAGACGCUAUGCUUGCUGUCAAGUACGAAUCGAUGACAAUGCGCAACGACAUGCUCAUGUUGGCUUCAAUCCUCAAGUAG